AUGACCCUCAUCACGACCCGCAAGACCCGUCGACUUCGCUAUGACGGAACCCUUGUCUCGUCCGUGUUCAACUACGCCAACGUCACAGAUGAGGGCCUCGUCGACAACACGGUCACCACCCUCGCGGGCGACUCGACCACGAUCGAUAUCUGGAGGGACUUUAUCAAACCCAACUUUUCCAUCUUCCCUGAGGACGUUCUUUUUCAGUCGGGCGCUGUCUACAGCGGCCUGGUGGACAGGAAGUUCUUGACGUAUCCCGUCGCGGCUUGGAGUAUUAUGUAUCAAGGCGUGAUCCUCACGACCGUGUACGUAGAAAACACGGGUAUGCUGGUUGGGGACGACUAUUUCUCGCCUGCCCUUCGCACCAGCGUCAUCACAGAUUUCUUAAACACAAAGGCCACGGAUUAA